CCGGCAUGAGCGGCGCACGGCGGAGCUGACGCCGGCCCCCGGCCCGUGUCCUUCACCAUGCUACGCUCGGCACCGCCGGGCCGCUACCUGUACCCCGAGGUGAGCCCGCUGUCUGAGGAUGAGGACCGCGGCAGCGAGAGCUCGGGCUCGGACGAGAAGCCCUGCCGCGUGCAUGCGGCGCGCUGCGGCCUCCAGGGCGCCCGGCGGCGGGCCGUGGGCCGGCGGGCCGGGGGUGGUGGGCCGGGGCCCGGGGGGCGGCCGGGUCGCGAGCCCCGGCAGCGGCACACGGCGAACGCGCGCGAGCGGGACCGCACCAACAGCGUGAACACGGCCUUCACCGCGCUGCGCACGCUCAUCCCCACCGAACCCGCCGACCGCAAGCUCUCCAAGAUCGAGACGCUGCGCCUGGCCUCCAGCUAUAUCUCACACCUGGGCAACGUGCUGCUGGUGGGCGAGGCCUGCGGCGAUGGGCAGCCGUGCCACUCCGGACCCACCUUCUUCCAUGCGGCGCGCACCGGCAGCCCCCCACCCCCGCCGCCUCCGCCGCCGCCGCCUCCGCCGCCGCCAGCCCGAGAUGGCGAGAAUGCGCAGCCCAAACAGAUCUGCACCUUCUGCCUCAGCAACCAGAGAAAGUUGAGCAAGGACCGAGACAGAAAAACGGCAAUUCGGAGUUAGGAGGAGGGCCCGAGCAGCCAGGGCAGAUGCCUGGCGAAGGUGGAUGUCAGCGGGGAGGCCCAGAGCCCCAGCUUGGACCUGACCUGGGCAU